UGUCGGCACCAAGAUGGCGGACAGCAGCUCACCUGUCAAACUGUCCGGAGGGGCGGCGGUGGCGGCUGAGGGGAUGGGAGGCGGCUGCUACUCGGAGCUCUCUGCCGACCUCAUCCGCUCCCUGACCGAGCUGCAGGAGCUGGAGGCAGUGUAUGAGCGUCUUUGCAGUGAGGAGAAAGUGGUAGAAGAAGAGCUGGAUGCCCUUUUGGAGCAGCAAAGCUCAAUCGAGAGCAAAAUGAUCACCCUGCACCGGAUGGGCCCCAACUUGCAGCUGAUCGAGGGAGACGCCAAGCAGCUGGCUGGAAUGAUCACCUUCACUUGCAGCUUGGCAGAAAAUGUCUCCAGCAAAGUCCGUCAACUUGACCUGGCCAAGAAUCGCCUCUACCAAGCCAUCCAGAGAGCUGAUGACAUCUUGGACUUGAAGUUUUGUAUGGAUGGGGUUCAGACAGCCCUAAGGAAUGAAGACUAUGAGCAAGCAGCUGCUCACAUCCACCGCUACCUCUCUUUGGACAAAUCAGUCAUCGAGCUUAGCCGGCAAGGCAAAGAAGGCAGUAUGAUCGAUGCCAACCUGAAGUUGCUUCAGGAAGCUGAGCAGCGUCUUAAGGCUGUUGUGACAGACAAGUUUGACAUAGCCACCAAGGAAGGGGACCUGCCCCAAGUGGAGCGAUUCUUCAAGAUCUUCCCUUUGCUGGGCUUACAUGAGGAUGGAUUAAGCAGAUUUUCAGAAUACCUGUGCAAGCAGGUAGCGAGCAAAGCAGAAGAAAACCUGCUUCUCGUGCUAGAGACAGACAUGAGUGACAGAAGAGCAGCGGUCAUUUUUGCAGAUACCCUGACACUUCUCUUUGAAGGAAUUGCUCGGAUUGUUGAGACGCACCAACCUAUUGUGGAGACCUAUUAUGGUCCAGGCCGCCUCUACACCCUGAUCAAACACCUGCAGCUGGAGUGUGACCGGCAGGUGGAGAAGGUGGUGGACAAAUUUGUCAAACAGAGGGACUAUCACCGACAGUUCCAGCUUGUCCAGAAUAGCAUGAUGAGGAGUUCAGCAGCAGAGAAGAUUGAAGCAAGGGAACUGGAUCCUAUUCUGACAGAGGUCACCUUGAUGAAUGCACGCAGUGAGCUCUACCUGCGCUUCCUCAAAAAAAGGAUCAGCUCUGAUUUUGAGGUGGGCGACUCCAUGGCCUCAGAAGAAGUAAAGCAAGAGCAUCGGAAGCGCCUGGAUAAACUCCUCAACAACUGUCUCUUAAGCUGUACCAUGCAGGAGCUGAUCGGCUCUUAUAUCACCAUGGAAGAGUAUUUCAUGCGGGAGACUGUCAACAAGGCAGUAGCUCUGGAUACCUAUGAGAAGGGCCAGCUGACUUCCAGCAUGGUAGAUGAUGUGUUCUACAUUGUCAAAAAGUGCAUUGGCCGGGCCUUGUCCAGCUCUAGCAUUGACUGCCUCUGUGCCAUGAUCAACCUCUCCACCACAGAGCUGGAAUCAGAUUUCAGGGAAGUUCUGUGUAACAAGCUGCGGAUGGGUUUCCCAGCCACCACUUUCCAAGACUUCCAGCGCGGGGUGACGAGUGCAGUGAACAUCAUGCACAGCAGCCUCCAGCAGGGCAAGUUUGAUACCAAAGGCAUUGAGAGCACAGAUGAGGCCAAGCUGUCCUUCCUGGUGACCUUGAACAAUGUGGAAGUCUGUAGUGAGAACAUCUCCACUCUGAAGACCACCCUGCAGAGUGACUGUACCAAGCUGUUCAGCCAAGGGAUUGGAGGGGAGCAGGCCCAGGCCAAGUUUGAUAGCUGCCUCUCUGAUUUGGCUGCUGUAUCCAACAAAUUCCGAGAUCUCCUACAGGAAGGCCUGACAGAGCUGAACAGCACCGCCAUCAAACCACAGGUGAAGCCCUGGAUCAACAUCUUCCUCUCUGUCUCCCACAACAUUGAGGAGGAAGAAUUCAAUGACUACGAAGCCAAUGACCCGUGGGUGCAACAGUUCAUCCUUAACCUCGAGCAGCAAAUGGCAGAGUUCAAGGCUGGGCUCUCCCCUGUCAUCUAUGAUAGCCUUACUGGCCUCAUGACCAGCCUCAUUGCAAAUGAACUGGAGAAAGUGGUUCUGAAAUCUUCCUUCAACAGGCUGGGUGGCCUGCAGUUUGACAAGGAGCUGAGGUCCCUCGUUGCUUACCUCACCACAGUGACCACCUGGACCAUCCGGGACAAGUUUGCCAGGCUUUCCCAGAUGGCGACCAUCCUCAAUCUGGAAAGGGUGACAGAAAUCCUAGAUUAUUGGGGUGCCAACUCAGGCCCACUCACAUGGCGUCUUACUCCCGCUGAAGUGCGCCAGGUAUUGGCCCUCCGCAUUGAUUUCCGCAGUGAAGAUAUUAAGAGGCUCCGCUUGUAGCUGGCAGAAGUCCGUCCGACUGCAUGUUGGUGGGUUUUUUUGGGUUGGGUUUUUUUGGGGGUGGGGUGUUUCUCAGUGGUUGAGGCCCAGAGAAAUGUCAGCCUAAAAGUUGCAGGCAGGCCUGACUCAGGCCAUCUCUUUGUCAUGGCAGUCAUGCCUGGGGGCCCUGCCUCUUCCCUUUCUAGAUACAAGUAAAUGAGCCAGACUGGUAUCUCUCUCUGCCUCCUAAGUUGGACCAAAGCCACAGACAACACUCCUUCCUUCCCCCUCCCACCCCAUAUACAUUCCCUGCAGAGGAGAGAAAAACUGCAGCUUGGGCUAGAAGUGUGGUAAGGACAUAGGCCGUUGUUGUGCUUUGGUGAGAACUGGCUCCAGCCCUGAGACACUACAGAAAUCUCUGCUUCCCUUCAGGCAAGGGACUUCUGGGGCAGCUGGAGAACAAGAGAUCCUCCGGAAAUGGAGGAAAUGGUGACUGUUCUAUUGUAUUUAAUGAUCGCGCUGAAUAAAGACUGAGACUUGAAAA